GUGUUUUUCCCGCGUGCCUUCUGCUCUGUUCGAGUUUCGGCCGCUCUCGUGGGACAUAGCACCGAGGCUAGCAUAGCAAUUCUGUGAUAUAGUGAGCGUGCGAGACCGCCGCGGGGGCAACAGGUAACCACCCCGCCGCGGGAGCAAUAGGUGACCAGCGCGCUCCUGGAGGGAAGUGCAGAUGAUAAUCCUAUGGCGUUGUGAAAUAGCAUGCCCCCGUACCUGAUCGUUUCUCACGCUCUGUGUGCAUGUGUGCCGCUUUGGCUGCUAGUAAGUCAGAUAAUGUCCCCCGUGGAGUCCCCAUUCGUCGGGGUCGCGUGGGCGAACCUGGAACCGCGAUGGCUCCGCCGGCUCCGCACUGCUCGUGACCGCCUCCAGCUACGGAUGUAUCGCCCUGACUUCGCAGACCUGCAGCUGUCGCAGGUGGACCGCCAGCUCAGGAGGACAGACCUGGCCCGCUUCUUCGCCAGGGUCCCGGAGGCCGAGGUCAAGGAGAUGAGCUCCGCCCUGUCGUCGCUCCGCAAGGUGACCAAGCGUCACGAGGAUGCAGAGUUCGAGGACGGGGCGGCCGAGAGGGACUACGCGGACCGCCAGAGGCAGCUGCUGGUGCUGAGGCGGGCGGCCCCUCUUCGGAGAUCGGCUCAGGGGGAGACGGGGGCUUGCUGUGGGGCUUCUCAUUGAAGCAUCCCGCUUGGCUGUGCGGGAGGCCCCUUUGGAUCUCAG